GCGUGCGUUUGUGUAUGAAAUCGAAGAUCGAGUCUUCAAACUGAAGCAUGAAGGAGACCAACGGCAACAACACCAGCAACAGCCAUGCUAACAGCAGCAGCAACAACAGUGGUAGCAACAACAACACGGGCAGCUUAGCAUCGACAAACUGUGGCGCCAACGCGGUGCCAGCCACGCCCACAGCGGCACAGCAAACAACAGCAGCUGUCACGGGACAACAGUCACUGCAACAGCAGCAACAGCAACAGCAGCAACAACAACAGCAAUCAGCUGGCGCACAGCAACUGACGCCAAGGAAGAGCAACAUUCAUGAGCUGAGGAAUCAGGAUUAUGUUAGCCGCCUCAUGGCUGCCACGCCCCCCUAUUUGUACUCGGCACCAGUUGGGCCGAACAAUUAUUUCUUUAGCGAUAUGCUGCGUUCGCUGGUGCAAACGCGCAACAAUGAGACCGCUCGUGUGUUGCAGCUGCAACAGCAACAACAACAGCAGCAACAGCAGCAGCAGCAACAACAACAACAGCCCACGCUGCCGUUGCCCUACGCCUACACAAAGCUGGAGACGAAACCCUUGCCCAAGGCUGUGCUGGGCGGUGCCGUGGACAACACAUUGCAGGACAACACACCGCCGGCGGCAUCGUUGCCACCACAGGAUCUGGUGUUGCCGCCACCGCCGCCCGUGUGGUAUCCACCACUGUACGCGCCAUACGGCAUCGAUCCGCUGCACUUCUUCAUUGAUCUGCGCGUCUCGGGUCACAUCUACGAUCGCAAGAAGGAGAACGUCUCUCCGCUCUCCAACAGCAACAGCAGCAGCGGCGCCACAACAGCGGCAACAGGUGCUUUGCUGUCCGCCGAGGAUUCAUCAGUUGCUGCUGCUGCCGCUGCUGCUGCUGCUGCAGCCAGCGGUCUGGGCAGCAACAGUUUGCUGAGCAAGCAGCGUCAUGGAUCCGCCUUCACGGUGCCCAUACCCAAGUCGGCGCAGAGUGAUGCCAUCAAUCUGUGCGCCAAUGGCAGCAACGAUGGUAGCACUGGUACAGUGGGCGGUGUUGCCGGACUGGGCAAAUUCGAGCACUACGCCAAGUACUAUGAUCUGGGCGAAAGCAAGGAAAAUCAGCCGGCGGCAAGCACAGCGGCAGCAGCAACAGCAGCAGCAGCUGCUGCCGCUGCAGCGGCGAAUCUGUCCAAGUCCGGCGCCAGUUAUAUGUUGCAGCAUUUGCCGCGACUCUACAGUCAGUUUGCGGCACAACAGGAGGCGGCAGCUGCCGCAGCUGUUGGGGAUCUGGAUGCCAAGUCGGAAUCUGCGUCCGCCUGUGCCGAUCUGUGCGACGAGGACUCUCUGGGACGGGGUUCCAGUGACACCGCUGGCGCUCUACUCGAGAGCAACAGUCUGCAAAACGAUCGGGACAUCGACGUGGAAAUCAUUGACUCCAUCAAAUACCGCACCGACGGCGAAAGCAGCCGCUGCUCCAGCAACGAUGAGGCCUCUGUCACGCAUAUCGAUUAGGUUCCCACCGGACCACAAUUCCAACACUAUGUCAAACCUUAAGUCCCAAUAAAGAAGACAUUUGCCUAAUGAUGAA